AUGAAUGGAGGAUUUCCAAUUUUUCCAUGCAAUUUCAAUUUUAAUCGAACGACGCUUUUUUACGUCGUUUUCGCGAUGACAGUUCUCUUUGGCAUGCAAAGUUUAGAAAAUGAAGAAGAACAGUAUAUUCAAAAGAUUCACUCAUUUUUCAUCUCGAGUGAUUUGAUGAUCUCCGUGCCUAACAAAUGCGCGUCGCAAUACAUCUUCCAAAUGGCCUUCAAGUUGCUCGAGCUCCCGAAAAACCUGAUCGAAGAAAAAAAGCCCGGGCAGCCGUAUUCUUACAGAUCUGCCGUUCGCUUCGUCAACCACAGAAUCAAGGGGCAGAAGCUGGUAAACGACUGCCGUUCCGCGUUGAAAGUCUUAGUCGUCCGCCAUCCGAUUUUGCGCUUAGCCUCGGCCUGGAACGACAAGUUCAAUAUUAAAAAUAAAGGCGGCCCAGGCAUCCGCUACGGACUUAAUCUCCUCCUCCGCGCCAAGUCCUUCAGAUAUUUCGUCACUGAAAAACAAUUUAUUAUGGAGCAGCUUUACGACAAGUAUUACGUUCCAGAGACAACUUACGGAUCGACACAGCAGAUUCCCUGCUACCCUCUAGUACGACACUUUGGUGCGAACAACAAAAAAGUGCCAGAUAGCUGCUUGGAGUUUGAAAAUUUGAAGCAUAUUGGCGACGAAGAUCAUAUUAUCAGUUUCCCCCGAUUCGUGAAAUUCAUUCUCCAGCACGAUCUGGCGACUCUUGACCCUCACUUUUCUCCAAUCACCGGCCCGGCAACAAAAGGAGGAGUCCGCAACACCUGCCUUUUCAACAAAUACGACGCGAUCGUGGACGUGGGAAAUCUCUUCUCCGAGCUUUCGGAAGUCUUCGACGCUUUGCCUCAAAUCGAGAUUCCAGCUGGCUACGAAGAUAUUCGCCACCAAGCUGUAGGAGGCUUCGCGAGCACGGACGAGAACAGCGCGAUUCAAGAAAGAAUCGACGCUCUGAUGAAAGAUAUUUCGAUUCCGACGAGAAACAAACUUUUCAAAGCAUACGAAAGAGACUUUACCCUUUUUGGUUACAAGUGGAACACUGAGACAAAUGAAAUUUUCUGA